AUGUCGGCACCAUAUGGCCAAGCCUGCGCGGGAUGCGUCAAGGCGAAAUGCAAAUGCGUGUCCCGAGGUGCUGGUAAUUGUGAACGAUGUCACCGGCGAGGGAUGGAAUGCCGUCAAACAGAUGGCAUAAGGAAACGCAGUUCCAGGAAGCAGCCGGAUAUCAACCACAGAACAUCGCAGCUAGAGGAGAGGCUGAAUGAUUUGGUCGAGAUAUUGCGUCUGCAGCAGGUACCAGGGCCAAGGCCUCAAGUACCGGCACAAGAGACCGAUUCGCAGACAACAGUGAGCCCGUCCAGCGGCAAUCAUGCAGCCUCUGGGGCGUACUUGACUCCGCCGACUGCCAUUGCGAGCUUGGGGUCGCAGGCCGCCAUAGAAGCCUCCCCGAAUCCGGCAAAGGCGUUUGAAGAUGACCUGACCCCCUUUGAGGCCGAGGGCAUUCUACAGAGAUUUCGAACUGGCUAUUUGACCAUGUUUCCUUGUGUCUAUAUCAGAUCGGACACGACGGCGCAGCAGCUCCAGCAGUAUCGACCCUUUUUGUGGCUGAAUAUCAGGACAGUUUGCGAAAAGUCUGCUCCCAAAAUGCAUGCCAUGGGAGAUCAUAUCAGAGAAUUGUUGGGACGGAAAGUACUCGUGGAGCUCGAGCGUGAUGUUGAUGUGCUCCUUGGCUUGAUGGUAUACUUGGGAUGGGCAACACACCAGACUCGUGGAAAGGGCUUCCAAGCACGUUAUGCCAAUCUAGCCAACUCGUUGAUUCAAGACUUACGACUUGACCAACCGUUCAACCCCAAUGCAGGCGGAAAUUGUUGGUUUCCUCAAAGCAAGAUGCCGACUACGUCUCCUGAGCAUACUCAUGAGCAACGCCGGGCAGUUAUUGGCACAUUUGUAUUAAGUUCCAGUAUAUCGAGCUUUCUGAAAAUCGACGUGACGAGAUGGAAUUCCCACAUGGAAGAAAGUCUUGAAAAGCUCGCCGCGGAUCCAGAGUGCCCGGGAGAUGAGCUUCUAGUAGCCAUGGCCAGGGCCAAGGUGAUUGUCAACGACGUGGGCCGCUUGACGUGGAGGCGGACGGGCAAUGACUUGUCAACGUCGCCGUCAGUAUAUGUGAAGCCGCUCAAGGAUAGAGUGCUAGCAAUACGGCGCUCGCUGAAGCCGGAACUGGUCGAAAACAGAGCCCUCCAGUCUCAUCUCUACAAUGCCGAAGUGCUCAUUGGGGAGAUGGCCAUCUUCCACAGCGCAACAACCAUAACGCCCUCGUAUAACUGCCCGUUUCCCAGCGCCUUGCCGCUCCCAGCAACGCAAUCCUCGUCACAAGCAGCCGGAACCAGCAGCAGCAGCAGCAGCAGUAGCCCACAGCCGCCACCUGGCCUACGCCCCAUUGACAUGCCGCGACUCGAGACGCUCCACGAGUGCCUCCACAGCAUCAAGCAGUGCAUCACGACGAUCCAAUCCUUUGAGCCCGCCGCCUGGCCGACCUUUCCCUUUGCCGUCAUGGGCCACAUGUCGCACUCGCUGCAGAUGCUCUACCGGCUCUCGGCGCUCGACUCGGAGCCCGACUGGGACGCGGCCGCGGUCCGGCGCGACUUUGACGUGAUUGCCGUCAUCCACCGCGUCGCCGACACCAUGUCCCGCGUCGCCGAUGCCGCCGGCCUGACGGGCGAUCCCGAACUGGGUCCGUACGGGGACAUGUUUUCCAAGGGCGUCGGCACCCUCCGCGCCACGGCCGCCAUCUGGGGGUCGGCGCUGCCUCCACUCGAGGACCCGGCGGCAACGUCUUCUUCCUCGGUUUCUUCGGCGGCGGCAGCCGCUGCGGGCCCGUUUGAUGCUGCCAGCGAUACGGCCGGGCUAGACACUAUGGCCAUGAUACUAGAUUUUCAAAACGACCCCUGGCUGACCGAAUUAUACAAUUCAUGGGAGGGGAUAUAG